AUGUCCGAGGGAGUCGAUACACAUAUUUUACGUUACUAUGAAAUUCAAAAACGUCUUGGAAAAGGAGCCUAUGGAAUUGUAUGGAAAGCAAUAGAUAAACGAACCAAAGAAAUAGUCGCAUUAAAGAAAAUUUUUGAUGCAUUUCGAAAUCAAACUGAUGCACAAAGAACAUAUCGGGAAAUUGUUUUUUUACGUGAAUUUGGUGAGCAUCCAAAUGUAAUUCGGUUGCAGAAUGUUUUAAAAGCUGAUAAUGAUCGUGAUAUUUAUCUUGUGUUUGAAUUUAUGGAGGCUGAUCUUCAUAAUGUGAUACGCAAAGGAAAUAUUCUUAAAGAUACACAUAAACGUUAUGUUAUGUAUCAAUUGUUAAAAGCAAUGAAAUAUCUUCAUUCAGCAAAUGUGAUUCACCGUGACAUGAAACCAUCAAAUGUUUUACUCAACCAACAAUGCCGUGUAAAAAUAUGUGAUUUUGGUCUUGCAAGAUCAUUAAAUCAUGUUUAUGAAGAUCCACAACAUCCAGCUUUAACAGAAUACGUUGCAACGAGAUGGUAUCGUGCUCCAGAAAUUUUACUUGCUUCAUCAAAAUAUACCAAAGGUGUUGAUAUGUGGUCUAUUGGUUGUAUUCUUGGAGAAAUGUUACUUGGAAAACCACUUUUUCAAGGAACAUCAACAUUCAAUCAGUUAGAACGUAUUCUUCAACAUAUUCCAACGCCAACUCAAUCGGAUAUUGCUAGUAUUGCAUCACAUUAUGGACCGAGUGUAUUAGAACGAGCAUCAUCUGGACAAAAAAAAUCAUUUGAUACAUUUAUUCCUAAUGCAGGUGACGAAGCUCUUGAUUUACUUCGUCGUCUUCUUCAUUUUAAUCCCGAUAAAAGAAUAACAGCAGACGAUGGACUUCGUCAUUCAUUUGUUGUUUCGUUUCAUAAUCCAAGUGAAGAAAUGACUAAAGGCUAUGAUGUUGUACCACAAUUGAGUGAUGAUAUACAAUUAACUGUUGAUGAAUAUAGAAAAAAACUAUACGAAUUAAUUCAAUUACGUAAAGUUUCAGCCAAAAUGAAUCCCAAUGUAUCUUCGUCAAAUACUGAUGCACCAGCUCCACGAUCACGUGACAGCUCUGUUGAUCAACAGCAACGCUAUGGAGCAAGUGCCUAUAUGGAUCAAUCCGAAUAUGAUGCUUAUAGACAGCCAACAACAAAUUCUUCAUCUCAAAUGAUCAAAAAUGAUGGAGCCAAUCGAGGAGUUUAUUCUAAUUAUGCAACAGAUCAUAAUAAAAAUCGAUAUGUUGACGAUGCAAAAGAUGAGGAUUAUUCAACAACAGUAACAAAUGAUUAUUCAACUGGACAACCAUCAUACAAUAAGAAUACUUCAACGAAUUCUUAUUCUGGGCUUCUUGGUCGAUCUAAUAGUUAUAAUGGUUUACAUUCAACACUAGGUCAACCACGAAUAAUCAGUGCCAAACAACGAAAUAUAUCCAGUUCAUCUUUACUGUAUCCAAAACCCAAUAAUGGAAGUUUGAUGCGUGAAAAAGCAAAUGCCAAUCGUGGCUUUCGUUCAGGUUCAGCUCCAACACCAACACCACCACCGCCAUCAUCAUCUAAACAAACCAAUGGUGGAAUUAUUAAUAAUAAUAAUUAUUAUAUUCGUCGUCCAACUGUUAUAUUUAAUGAUGAACGUGGUGGUCCGAGUGAUAAAAGUAGUGGAGCGCAAGCAAGAGUUAAUAAUAAAUUUGUAAAUGUAUCAACCCUUCGACCUACUUCAGCAGCGGAUUCUCGAGCUAAACAAAGAUUUCAAUCAGCAUCGGCAUUGACGCAUAAUCAACAACAACCCUCUGCUGGACCAUCGUCAUCAUCAGUUGGCAGUUAUAUUGGGCAAUAUCAACAGCAACGCCGACAAACAUAUGGAAAUUAUUCGAAUACAACAACGUCUACUGUUGCACGCGAUAAUCUUGGCAGUUAUAGCCAAAAUAUGGGUACAUUGACUCAAAGUGGACUUCGUGUCCUUGAUGGACUUCUUCAUAAUGCAACGUAA